CAGGGGCGGGCCGCGGGCGCCGGGCGGCGGACGGCGCAGGGCGCACGGGGCCCCCGCCACCCCUAGGCCGCGCUGCUUCGCGUUCCCAGCCGCCCGUGCUCGGCGCGGCCGCCGCAGUCCCGGCGCCGUAGCGGGACGUGGGGUCCAGGGGGCGCUGUGGCCCCAGUGGCGCGGGCAGCUGGAGCGGCCACCGCGGCGCCCGAGGCUUCGCCGAGCCCGUCCGCCCGCAGCGCCCCGGUCGUCCCGCCGUAGCCCGCGCCCCCGGACGCGCUCGACCGCGCUCCCCCGGACCCGCGUGGCGGAGGCGACCCCGGAGCCGAUGCGGCUGGAGGGGCGCCGGGCCUCAGCCUCCGCCGCAGCGACCGCAGCCCCCUCUGGAGUGCGAGGCUUCGCGGCGGCGGAGCCCUGCUGAGGAGGACGCUCGCGGCUGACGGACGACCCCCCGGGCCAUGGAGAGGCGGAUCAAAGAGGACCUUCUGGUUCAGAAGACUGGCUAGCGGCACAGCAGACAUCAUGAGCAAGCACAGAGAAGGCUGCUCUUUAUCAUGUUCGUGAGGGGACAGUUGAGGAUGGCACAGAGGCACUUGGUAAUAAUUUUUCUUGACCAGAAUGUCUGCACCCGAAGUUGGCAAGCUAUUUCUUGUCCUUCUGCACUUCAUAUGACAAGAUCCUAUCCUUCAGGUUUAAACAAGUCUCUUCAGCAGUGUUUCCUCACUGAUGGAGAAUUACUUCCAAGCAGAAGCUUACAAUCUGGACAAGGUAUUAGAUGAAUUUGAACAAAAUGAAGAUGAAACAAUUUCUCCUACUUUAUUGGAUACAAAGUGGAAUAAGAUUCUAGAUCCCUCUUCUCACCCACUAUCUUUUAACCCUGCAUUGACCAGUGGGAACGAACCUGGAGUUUCUAAUGAGGUAGUACCACAGCUGAAAGUCUUCUCUCUGGCUGGCUCAGCUCCCCUUACAAGAGAGGGAGAAGAUCCCUGUGCUAACGGACAGGACUGUAGUCUAAAUCCAGAGAUUGACACAAUGUGGAUUGAUGAAAAUGCUGUGGCAGAAGACCAGCUAAUUAAGAGAAACUAUAACCGGGAUGAUGAAUUUAGUGCUGUUGAAGUGGGAGAGGAGAAAUGUGGAAGCCUCACUUGUCUGCCAGAUGAGAAGAAUGUUCUUGUUGUAGCUGUCAUGCAUAACUGUGAUAAAAGGACAUUGCAAAGUGAUUUGCAGGAUUGUAAUAAUUAUAAUAGUCAGCCCCUCAUGGACUCUUUUAGCUGUUCACUGGCUAAUGAAAAUAGACAAACUGAUCAAUUUAGUUUUAGUAUGAAUGGGUCCACUGAAAAAGGUAUAAACUCAGAGAAACAAAUGGAUGCUUUGACUAAACCAAAACCAGAGGGGGCUUCUGUCAAUCAUCUCUGUGUUACUUCAUCUAACAGUGCAGCUAGUGUCUCUUCACCUUCCCAAUUAAAGGACAAUGAAGAUGUAGGCCGAGACCUUCCCACAUGUGCAGUCACAAGCUUAACAAUUAAUUCAUCCCAGGAAAUAGAUGGAGGGUCUGCCAUUAAAAAACAAGAGAAUUACAUGCCAGAUGAAGACCUUGCUGGCAAAAACAGUUCUUCUAGGACAGAUCUAGGGGGCCCAAACUCCUUUUCCCACGAAAGUGAGGAAAUCAUGACCGAAAAAGAGCCCGCAGAGGAGAGGACAGCUGGAGACUCCCUCCCAUCUGGUUUGUCUUUGUAUUUCAAGCCAGACACAUCUGCAGUGUGUGGAAAGGACAGUUGUGAACAGUCUUCAGAUUGCCUUGUGUCCAGGGAAGCUAGAGCUGAUGAAGAUGAAGGUAAUGACCAUGGAAAAAGAAUUGGCACUACAGAACUUCUUAAUGUGACAGAACAUUUCUCUGACUCACAGGUGACUGAAUGGAAAUUAAUGGAGCUCAAUGAGACGAAUGAUGGCCAAGCAAAUGAAGAAAAUCAAGUGGUUUCACAGAUUAGCCAGCCCGGGGACACGAACAGCGGAGGAGAGUGUAUCAGAACGGCAGAUUCAGAUCUAGAUUUCAAAGGAAAUUGUAUGACUGAAAGUGAAGGAUGUGAUUUCUCCACUGUUAAUGAUGCACCAGCAGCAAAUUCUCUAUCCAAUGGUUGUGAUUCCUAUGGAAUACAGAGCCCAGUUGUUUCUUUUGUUCCAAAGACUUUACCCUCCAAAGAAGAUUCAGUAACAGAAGAAAAAGAAAUAGAGGAAAGCAAGUCAGAAUGCUACUCAAAUAUUUAUGAACAGAGAGGAAAUGAGAAUGCAGAAGGCAGUGGACUGCUUUUAAAUAGCACUGGAAAUAUAAUGAAGAAAAAUUAUUUACAUAAUUUCUGUAGUCAAAUCCCAUCAGUACUUGGGCAGUCUUCCCCCAAGAUAGCAAACGUGCAAUCUAUUAGUGUUCCUUUUGGUGGUGCAAGACCCAAGCAACCUUCUAAUCUUAAACUUCAGAUUCCAAAGCCAUUAUCAGACCACUUACAAAAUGAUCUUCCUGCAAACAGUGGAAAUAAUACUAAAAACAAAAAUGAUAUUCUUGGAAAAACAAAACUAGGGGGAAAUUCAGCAGUCAGUGCCUGCAGCACGUCUUUGGGAAACGUCUCUGUGACUGAUACAAAUGGGGAACAUUUAGAAAGUUAUGAGGCUGAGAUCUCCAGUAGACCAUGCCUUGCAUUAGCUCCAGAUAGUCCAGAUAAUGAUCUCAGAGCUGGACAGUUGGGAAUUUCUGCAAGAAAGCCAUUCACCACCUUGGGUGAGGUGGCACCAGUAUGGGUACCAGAUUCCCAGGCUCCAAACUGCAUGAAGUGUGAAGCUCGGUUCACGUUCACCAAACGGAGGCAUCAUUGCAGAGCCUGUGGGAAGGUUUUCUGUGCUUCCUGCUGUAGCCUGAAAUGCAAACUGCUAUACAUGGACCGAAAGGAAGCUAGAGUGUGUGUAAUCUGUCAUUCAGUGCUAAUGAAUGCUCAAGCCUGGGAGAACAUGAUGAGUGCCUCAAGCCAGAGCCCUAACCCUAACAAUCCUGCUGAGUACUGUUCUACUAUCCCUCCCUUGCAGCAAGCUCAGGCCUCAGGAGCCCUGAGCUCUCCACCUCCCACUGUGAUGGUACCUGUGGGAGUUUUAAAGCACCCUGGAACAGAAGUGCCUCAGCCCCGAGAGCAGAGGAGAGUUUGGUUUGCUGAUGGGAUCUUGCCCAACGGAGAAGUUGCUGAUGCAGCCAAAUUAACCAUGAAUGGAACUUCCUCUGCAGGAACUCUGGCUGUGUCACAUGACCCAGUCAAGCCUGUAACCACCAGUCCUCUGCCAGCAGAGGCUGAUACUUCUCUAUUCUCUGGGAGCAUAACUCAGGUUGGAAGUCCUGUUGGAAGUGCAAUGAACCUUAUUCCUGAAGAUGGCCUUCCCCCCAUCCUCAUCUCCACUGGUGUGAAAGGAGACUAUGCUGUGGAGGAGAGACCAUCACAGAUUUCAGUCAUGCAGCAACUGGAGGAUGGUGGCCCUGACCCACUCGUCUUUGUUUUAAAUGCAAAUUUAUUGUCAAUGGUUAAGAUUGUAAAUUAUGUGAACAGGAAGUGCUGGUGUUUCACAACCAAGGGAAUGCAUGCUGUGGGUCAGUCUGAGAUAGUUAUUUUGCUACAGUGUCUUCCAGAUGAAAAGUGUUUGCCAAAGGACAUCUUUAAUCACUUUGUACAACUUUAUCGGGAUGCAUUGGCAGGGAAUGUUGUGGGCAACUUGGGACAUUCUUUCUUCAGUCAAAGUUUCCUGGGCAGUAAAGAACAUGGUGGAUUCUUAUAUGUGUCAUCUACCUAUCAAUCACUGCAAGACCUAGUACUUCCAACCCCACCAUACCUGUUUGGGAUUCUCAUCCAGAAAUGGGAAACCCCUUGGGCCAAAGUGUUUCCCAUUCGGCUAAUGUUAAGACUUGGAGCUGAAUAUCGACUUUACCCCUGUCCACUGUUCAGUGUCAGAUUUCGGAAGCCAUUGUUUGGAGAGACUGGGCAUACCAUCAUGAAUCUUCUAGCAGACUUCCGAAAUUACCAGUAUACUUUGCCGGUUGUUCAAGGUUUGGUGGUUGAUAUGGAAGUUCGGAAAACAAGCAUCAAAAUCCCCAGCAACAGAUACAAUGAGAUGAUGAAAGCCAUGAACAAAUCCAACGAGCACGUCCUGGCAGGAGGUGCCUGCUUCAAUGAAAAGGCAGAUUCUCAUCUCGUGUGUGUGCAGAAUGAUGAUGGAAACUACCAGACCCAGGCCAUCAGUAUUCACAGUCAGCCCAGGAAAGUGACUGGUGCCAGUUUCUUUGUGUUCAGUGGCGCUCUGAAAUCCUCCUCAGGAUACCUUGCCAAGUCCAGUAUUGUGGAAGAUGGCGUUAUGGUCCAGAUCACUGCAGAGAACAUGGAUUCCUUGAGGCAGGCACUUCGAGAGAUGAAGGACUUUACCAUCACUUGUGGGAAGGCAGAUGCAGAGGACCCCCAGGAGCAGAUCCACAUUCAGUGGGUGGAUGAUGACAAGAAAGUUAACAAAGGUGUGGUGAGUCCUAUAGAUGGGAAGUCCAUGGAAUCUAUAACCAAUGUGAAGAUAUUCCAUGGAUCCGAGUAUAAAGCAAAUGGGAAAGUCAUCAGGUGGACAGAGGUGUUUUUCCUGGAAAAUGACGACCAGCACAACUGCCUGAGUGACCCUGCGGACCACAGCAGACUGACUGAGCAUGUUGCCAAGGCUUUCUGCCUUGCCCUUUGCCCCCACCUGAAGCUUCUGAAGGAGGAUGGAAUGACAAAGCUGGGCCUCCGUGUGACCCUCGACUCAGACCAGGUCGGCUAUCAGGCAGGGAGCAAUGCCCAGCCCCUCCCCUCGCAGUACACGAACGAUCUGGACAGCGCCUUGGUGCCUGUGAUCCACGGGGGAGCCUGCCAGCUCAGUGAGGGCCCUGUCGUCAUGGAGCUCAUCUUUUAUAUUCUGGAAAACAUCGCAUAGAUGAGGACUUCGUUUUUUUUCUGUUCAGACCUGUUGCAACAGCAGUCAUAUCCAAAUCAUUUGCACUUUAAAACUGGAAGAUUAAGCUUUUGUUAACACUAUUGGUAGGGAGGG